UUUUGACAGUGUGAUCAACGAGUGGUUCGCGCGAUGUCCGGUACACCGGCCAAGCCCUGAGGGAGACCAGAAACCGUGGAUCCGUGCGCGUGACCGCGUAAGAUCAGAAAUAUCGCAACUCCGGGUAUCCUGCGACUCGGGUUGUCGCUGCAUGUGUCACACUGUGAGUGCUCCUGCUGCUGCUAUUGCUGCUGCCUGGUGCCAGAUCACAAUUCGAGCCUGACGUUCAACUGCUACCUAAUAUUCUCCAUUAGACGUGUUCAAGCGCGCGCGUGUGUGUUUCUCGGCAGCGGUGCACAAAUGCAACAUUGAGCAGCAACCCCGUCGUGGAAUUGCCAUCCAUGAGUUUGGCCGCGUUGCGCUCUGUUCGGUGCUACUCCUUCAACUAAUCGCGUGUGUGAUGCCCGGGAGUCGCUCCAGCACGGACCCAGAGCACAAGUCACCGCGGGAAAGUGGUGAAGAUUCCGAGGAUGAGAGUGAAAUCCUGGAGGAGAGCCCCUGCGGGCGGUGGCUCAAACGCCGGGAAGAGGUAUAUGUAGGUUCCAAGUCCACAUUAGCUGAAGGCUCUACCUUUGGAGCAGCCAGAGGCAGUGAAAACGAAGUCACUGAAAUGGAGGUGGAGCAACGUGAUGUCCCAGGAAUCGACUGUGCCUACUUGGCAAUGGAUACAGAAGAGGGUGUUGAGGUUGUGUGGAACGAGGUGCAAUUUUCUGAAAGGAAAAACUUCAAAGCACAAGAAGAAAAAAUACAACUUGUAUUUGAGAACCUGACACAAUUAGAACACCCAAAUAUUGUUAAAUUUCAUAGGUAUUGGACGGAUACCCACAAUGAUAAGCCUCGAGUGAUAUUUAUAACCGAGUACAUGUCCUCUGGGUCAUUGAAACAGUUCCUAAAACGAACAAAACGUAAUGUAAAAAAAUUACCUCUGCAAGCAUGGAAACGUUGGUGUACCCAAAUACUAUCUGCAUUGAGUUAUUUACAUUCCUGUUCACCUCCAAUUAUUCAUGGAAAUCUCACUUGUGACACUAUAUUUAUUCAACAUAAUGGACUUGUAAAAAUUGGCUCGGUGGCUCCAGAUGCGAUUCAUCAUCAUGUGAAAACUUGUAGAGCAAACAUGAAAAACAUGCAUUUUGUUGCACCUGAAUAUGGAAAUUCUGUAACCCCCGCCAUUGAUAUUUAUUCAUUUGGUAUGUGCGCCUUGGAAAUGGCCGCUUUAGAAAUUCAAGGGAACGGUGAUAGCGGAACAAUCGUAACCGAAGAUAACGUUGGAAAAACGAUAGAAUCUUUAGACGAUGGCCAACAGAAAGACUUCAUUCGGAAGUGUCUUCAAGUAGACCCUCUUAGUAGACCAAGUGCCAGGGAACUCCUUUUUCAUCCUGUCCUGUUCGAAGUACAUUCAUUAAAAUUACUUGCGGCCCAUGCCCUGGUUAAUUCAGCUACCAACAUCUCGGAAACGAUAACCGAUGAGGUACUGCAAAGGUUAUACGGACCGGAUACAGUAGUAGCCGAAAUCAAAUAUCAAGGUCGACCGCCUCAGCAAAUUCGGUUAAGUGAUAUCCCUGUUACAGAGAAAUUAGAGAAGUUUGUCGAAGAUGUAAAAUAUGGAAUAUACCCAUUGACAGCAUUUAUGGCAAAAUUACCACCACCCGUUCGGCCUAGAGCAAUAUCGCCCGAGGUGACCGAAUCGGUGAAGUCGGUUACGCCAGAGCCAGUGGACGUUGAGUCUCGAAGAGUAGUUAAUAUGAUGUGUAACGUUAAGCCUAGAGAACAAAGUUGUGAAUUACUUAUGACAAUAUUGUUACGAAUGGAUGACAAAAUGAAUAGGCAAUUAACGUGUCCUGUGAGCCAAAUAGAUACAUCGAUGCUCCUCGCGCAGGAACUUGUACAUUUUGGGUUCAUUAACGAGAACGAUCGUGAUAAGAUAGCGAAUUUAAUCGAAGAGGCAUUAAGGAGUUGUUUUAACAAGCAAAUGAUGACACCAGGAAUGGUAUCAUUAACUAAUCUUCCCACCCAAACUACUUUACUGCUGCCUGGUCCAGAAUUUCCAUGCUUGCAACACUUUGAUAACUCGAUAUAUAAUGCGACAACAUCCAAUAGUGAUAGUGUAACUAACCCGCUGCCAAAAACCUCAGGUCUCCCCGUCUCGAGUAACACGAGCAAAAGUCACGACGAAGCUGAACCACCGACGAAUACUGAGAGCGGUAGUUAACCAUCCAGGAUAUCUGGUAACUCAGUUCACUGUGCCACUUUGCACGCUCUAUGUAUAGACUGGCUAUGUAUUUUUAUAUUUAAGUAAAC